AUGAACCCUAGCAUCUCGAUUCCCGACCGUCUUCCGGUCUUGCCACUCCCGUAUCCUCUGGUUCUGCAUCCCAACCUCCUCCUUUCCAUCAACAUCUCCUAUGCACACUCUCUCAGUCUCCUCAAGGCCGCCUUGCAGUACUCGGCGCUCAAGGACGACGUCGAGUCCAAUAACGACGCUGCUGCGCGUACUCGCGGUGGCCGCUCCAAGUUAGACUCGAACAAGCCUAUUAUUAUCGCCUGCGUACCCACCCUUAUCGCUCCCAACGGCACUGCUUCCGCCGACAAGCCAGCGACUCGCGCUACUAACCCAGCGCUGCCCAGCGAUGCCAAUCCGCACAAUCUCACCACCACCCCCGAAGAUAACAACACGCGCAUCCGCAUCAACGACCUCUACGACUGGGGUUGUGCCGCUCGUCUCAUGCGUCUGGUGCGCAACCCACAAACACAGACAUGCACUCUCCUUGUCUCUGGUCUCACCCGUGUCCGCAUCGACCGAUGGCUCUCGAUUCGUACCUCUCUUACCGCAACCACUAUCGACCCUAAGAGCAAUCUUGCCAUCCCCGACGUGCCCAUCCCGCUUGCCACUGCCACCGCCUUUGUCGACGAAGAGUCGUGGCCCACCUUCCCAGAAGCUUCACCGGGCGAUAUUGACCUCGUUGUCAAGCUGAAAAAGUCGUCUGCCGAGCUCAUCGAUGCCAUCGCACAGCUCAACCCUCCCAUCGAUGGCUCUACACACAUCCCAUCUCCCAUCGUCGGCCCGGCUCUGCCUCUGAUGCCAGCUAGCUUGCUCAAAAAGCUUCGCGGCUUUAUGCAAGACUGCCGCGAGUCGCAAGCUGCCCUUCUCGCCGACAUUGUCAUUGGUACCCUCGGUGGCGCCUGCGAAUGGUCCGAGCGCGUUGCUAUCCUCGGCGACUGGGAUCAGCGCGAGCGAGUCCGCCACUCGGUCGAUGCCAUUCAGAACGGCGUCAAACGCGUCAAGCUCGCGCGUGAGCUUCUCACCGCGCUAUCAUCUCCGCUUAAUUCCAACAACAAGGAGACUGUCAUUCGUUCACAACUGGAAGCCUUGCUCAACCAACUCGCUGCGCUCAAUCAGGGCGUGGCUGCUCGCAUCUCGGCCAUCUCGUCCAACUCGGGCGACAAGGACGACGCCAAGUCAGGCUCAGGCAUCAUCAUUCGUGCCCCUCCCUCUCGCAACAACCAUGCCAACGACAAUGGCAACGGUCCCGUCAUCACCGGUCCCCUUGGUACACGUCGCGGAUCCAAACCUGGCAACAAGGGCAUGUCCGGCGGCGGCCUUCCCGGAGCCGGCAAUGGCGACGACGACGAGGAUGAGGUUGCCGAACUCGCAAAGAAGCUAGAACAGGCACGUCUGAGUCCAGAAGCGCGCAAGGCCUGCGACAAGGAGCUUAAGCGACUCACGCGCAUUCCGCAGCAGAGCGUCGAGCGCGGUGUCGUCAUCACGUAUCUCGAGAUCAUGGCCGAACUGCCGUGGGACAAAAUCACUGUUGACGUCGAAUCCACGCGCGAUCCCAACGACAAGGCUCUUGUUCUGCACAAAAACAGCAAGUCGACUCCUGCACCAGAGGAGGGCAUCGUCGACCGCGCUCGACGCAUUCUCGAUGCUGAACAUUACGGUCUCGAGAAAGUCAAGAAGCGUCUCAUAGAGUAUCUCGCCGUCCUUGAACUCAAAACCAACCAGGCUCGCGAACGCUUCGAAGCCGAAGAGGCUGCCGAGCUCAAGACGAGCCAAGAGCGUCGCAAGGGUACACCCUCAGCCUCCACCGACGAGGCUGUCGCCGCCGAUGAUGACGCAGCCGCCCUGUCGGCCGACCUCGAGGAUGGCGAGGAUCUGGUUGCGCGCGAGCAAGGCAUCACCAGGGAGGAGAUCGAGGAGGAGAAGCGUCGUCGCCGCAACGAAAAGUUGCGUGUCGGCGACAAGGGUCCCAUCCUGCUGCUUGUUGGUCCACCGGGAACAGGUAAGACUUCGAUCGCCAAGUCGCUCGCAUCAGCGCUCCAGCGACCUUUUACCCGCCUCUCACUUGGCGGUGUUCGCGACGAGGCCGAGAUUCGUGGUCAUCGCCGCACCUACGUCGGAGCCAUGCCCGGUUCGAUCGUGUCGUCGUUGCGUAAGGUGGGUGUCUCUGAUCCCGUCAUUUUGCUGGAUGAGGUGGACAAACUGGGAAGCGGCAACGGUCUGCACGGCGACCCCAUGGCUGCCAUGCUUGAGGUGCUGGAUCCCGAGCAGAACCACACUUUCAGCGACCACUACAUCAACGUACCCAUUGAUUUGAGCCGUGUGCUGUUUAUCGCGACUGCCAACUCGCUCGACACUAUCUCGCCCCCCUUGCUUGACCGUACCGAGGUGAUCCACAUUUCUGGCUACACGCACGAUGAAAAGACGGCGAUCGCUCGUCAAUACCUUUUGCCCAAGCAGAUCAAAGCGCAAGGGCUCACGUCGGACCAGCUGGUGGUGACUGACGAGGUGCUGCUCAAGGUGGCAAUGGGCUACACGCGUGAGGCUGGCGUACGAACGCUGGAACGAGAGAUUGGUGCGUUGGCACGAGCUAAAGCGGUCGAGUACUCGCAGUCCAAGAAGGGUACCCUGCGCGACGAGCACGGCAAGCCAAUCGAGUAUGAUCCGGUCAUCCGCGAGGCCGAUUUGGAAAAGUACCUCGGACCCGACACGUACGAGCCAGAGGUAGCCGAAGCCAAUGCUCGACCCGGUGUGUCGACGGGUCUGGCCUACCAGGGCUCUGGCUCGGGAGGUAUUCUGCACAUCGAAUCGCUGCUGCUUCCGCCGGGCAGCGGCUACCUCAAGCUGACAGGCUCGCUAGGCGAUGUGAUUCGCGAGUCGGCCGAGUUGGCCUUGUCGUGGGUCAAAGGCAAUGCGUUUCAGCUGGGUAUCAUGCACACGCGCGAUUCCGAGUUUCCCAAGAAUGACAUCCAUCUGCAUUUGCCGUCGGGUGCUAUCCCCAAGGAUGGACCGUCGGCUGGUGUAGCUAUGACGUGUGCGCUGGUGAGUCUAUUCACCAAGACGCCCAUCUCGCCGUACCUUGCCAUGACGGGCGAAGUAACGCUACGAGGUGUGGUGAUGCCUGUGGGUGGCAUUCGCGAGAAGCUCACAGCGGCAUCGCGAGCUGGUAUUCGCAAAGUGCUGCUCCCGCACCGCAACCGAAAAGACGUCGAAGCUGACCUGCCCAAGAAGGUGCGCGACGAGCUGGAGAUCAAGUACGUCAAGACUGUGUGGGAAGCAAUGGAGGCGGCGUUUGGCAACAAGCUCUUUGAGAAUGCCGCUCUGGCUCUCGAGGCGAAUGGCUUCGGCCACGAGCACGAGGGUAUUCGUGAAGGCCGCCGUCUGAUGCACGACAUGGAGGAUUCUCGUUUGUAA